AUGAUAGAAAUAAAAAAACAAUAUUCUAACGGUGAUGAAUAUUGUGGAGAAAUUAACGAUGUAGGACAACGACAUGGCUAUGGUGUGUAUCACUGGUCGAAUGGUAGUAUCUAUCUAGGCGAAUGGCGGAAUAAUACAUGUACGGGCGAAGGGAUAUAUCGAGCUAUUAAUGGAGAUAUUUAUCGUGGUCGAUUUGUCAACGGUCUGAUUUAUGAUCAAGGAUCACGUACAUCAUUUGAUGGUCAUCAAUAUAUUGGAGAUUAUCUAUUUGGUCGAAGUGAAGGUCAUGGGACAUAUAGAUGGCCUAAUGGAGAUAACUAUGUUGGAUCUUGGAUGAAUAAUGAUCGUACCGGUAAUGGUGUAUAUAUUUGGGCCAACGGUGAUCGAUAUGAAGGUGAAUUUUUGCGUGGAGAAUUACAUGGCAAUGGUACGUUUCAUUGUUCGAAUGGAGAAAAACUCGAAGGACAAUGGAUUCAUGGAAUCUAUGUUAAAACGUUGUCUUCUUCUAUGGAAUAG